AUGCAUCCCCUGCUGAUCCUUGCCUUUGUGGGAGCUGCUGUGGCUUUCCCCUCGGACGACGAUGACAAGAUCGUCGGGGGUUACACCUGCGCGGAGAAUUCCGUGCCUUACCAGGUGUCCCUGAACGCUGGCUACCACUUCUGCGGCGGCUCCCUCAUCAGUGACCAGUGGGUGGUGUCCGCGGCUCACUGCUACCAGUACCGCAUCCAGGUGAGGCUGGGAGAAUACAACAUCGACGUCGUGGAAGGUGGUGAGCAGUUCAUCGACGCGUCCAAGAUCAUCCGCCACCCCAAGUACAGCAGCUGGACUCUGGACAAUGACAUCCUGCUGAUCAAACUCUCCAAGCCUGCGGUCAUCAAUGCCCGGGUGUCCACCUUGGCUCUGCCCAGCGCCUGUGCACCUGCGGGCACCGAGUGCCUCAUCUCUGGCUGGGGCAACACCCUGAGCAGUGGCGUCAACUACCCGGAACUGCUGCAAUGCCUGGAGGCCCCGCUGCUGAGUCACGCCGACUGUGAAGCCUCGUACCCUGGACAGAUCACCAACAACAUGGUCUGCGCUGGCUUCCUGGAGGGAGGCAAGGAUUCCUGCCAGGGUGACUCUGGUGGCCCUGUGGCCUGCAAUGGACAGCUCCAGGGCAUUGUGUCCUGGGGCUAUGGCUGUGCCCAGAAGGGCAAGCCUGGGGUCUACACCAAGGUCUGCAACUACGUGGACUGGAUUCAGGAGACCAUUGCCGCUAACAGCUAA